AUGAGUUCGAGGCAGCGUUUUGUAGUUUCUGUAUUGUCAAGGUGCUGUAGUAAGGUCGCAAACAUAUGCAUUUACAGUAGAAGAUUGGUGCCAAACUGAAUGAGGAACAAAGAAGAGAAAGCAGACAACUGAAAGUGAUGUUGAAGUAUGCCAAAGACGAAAAAGAAGAGCCACGCCAAGCAAGCCAAAGAGAAUAAACUGCGUGCAAGAGAACGCAGAGCAGCAGAAAAGAAACGUAAACAGAACAUAUCUGAUUGCCUCAGUGGGGAUAAAUCAACUGUAACGGUGGAAAAAAUUUUGCCCCAAGAAACACUCUCUAAAGAUCCAUUUGUACAUGUGUCACACGAAGAACUGCUUCAAGGUGUUUCUAACACCGAUGUUUUAGUCGGGGACAUAGAAGUACCAAUUGUCAUUGUGGAAUGUCAAUGUAACAAAAUGGAGGAAACGGAGGGCGAAACUACCGAAGAGACGAUCUACGUCUACCAGUACCCGGGGGACGGGCAGGGGGAGGAGGGAGGGGUGGAGGCCAGGGUCAUCAAUGUGGGCGCCAAGGAGUGCCCCUCCCACGAGGAGGAAGUGACCACGGUGACGCAGUACGUUGAGGAAGUGGUGGAGAUAGACAAUGAGAAUGUGGUGGUGGCGAACGUCAUGGCCGCCACCGAAAAGGGCUCCAUUAAACUGGUUCUCUCCGAGGAGGACAGCAACCCAGCGGAGCACGGCUACACAAUGAAUUACCGGCCGAUUCGUCCCGUGGAGAGACAGAAGAUGCGGCCCUGGCUCCUGGAGCACCUGGACCAAGGGAGUAUUCCCGGACUCUCCUGGCAGAACCGGACACAGCGGAUAUUCCGGAUUUCCUGGAAACAUGCUGCACAUAACUGUUUUAACAGGACUCGGGAUUCGGACCUGUUCGAAAGAUGGGCUUAUCACACGGGUCGCCACCAUGAUGGUAACCACAAGCGGUGGAAGGCCAACUUUCGGUGCGCCUUGAAUAGCUUGCCUGACGUGAUUGAACUCAAGGACCUGGGGGUCAGGAAGGGAGACAAUGCAUUCAAAGUGUACAAGUUUAUUGAUCUCAAUGAUGAAAAGGACAGGGAGGAGAAGAAGAAGAUGCAGAUGGUAACUAGGGGCACCAGGAAAGCGGAGGGCAAGAAAGUUGGCUCAACCCCCAGCACUCCAGUGGGGGCCAAGCAGCUGAAGACAGAGACAGGGUCCCCGGCCGCGUUCAGCAUCACCACGGAGGGGGGCAUGCUGCAGACCCUGCUCCACGCCAUAGAACUCAAAAACCAGGAGGCUGCCACGGACAAAGACGACGACAAAAGGUCAAAGGAAAAAAUCCAGUUGACAGUGAAGAGAGGCCUGGACCAAGAGAACCAGCCCCGAUCCAAGCGGACGCGUCAGGACUUCAGUAAGAAAGCUACGACUGGUGAGAGCACGGAGAGCAGCGAGGGCGAGGAGGGGGAGGACUCAGAGACAGGGUCCCAGGCCAGCGGUACCUCCCACACCACAAGCACCGCCCCCGCCACCCCCACCUCUGGCCGUAGCGUUGUAAAUAUGCUGAAACUACCUUAUGUUAUUGAUGUAAAACAGCUACUAGCAUUAGCAGGAAACAAACAGAAAGAAUCAGAGGGCAAAGGUCAAAGUGCAUCAGACAAGGUCACCAUAGCCAAUGUGACCCUUGACUCUAUCCUACAGGAUAGGCUCGGACAAAACACAGACAGUACUAAUGUAAAAAUCACCAUCCCUUACACAGUUUUCGAGGCCCUCAAGGCCAGGAACCUAACCCCUAAAGACCCGGCAUCUUCGUCCUCACCAAGUACGGUGUUACUGUCCCAGAGCCCAGACGUGAAGAAGGAAUCAACCUCAGCCACCGCGAAACCGCAAGUGUUAACGGUGGUGGGCGGUGCACUCGGCAACAAAGACUCCACGUAUCCAAAUAUCCGCAGUCGUCUGAUUUCCCACCUCAGCAUCAGUGGUGCCCAGACGGUCAGUAAGCAGGGUCAAGGUCAAAUACGCCCCGCCCUGGCGACCGCGGGGAAGAAGACCUUCGAGAAGGUGACUGUGCAGGCCAUUCCACAACUGACACCGGUCAAUUUAGGUUCCUCUGGUGACGAGUCUGAGCAAGAAAACAACAAAAUCAGUAUUAGUACCGUGAACAUAAAUGCUGUAGCAGCCAAAGCUGAUGUAUCUCAGUCAGAGACCACAACAAACAGUCGGAACAAAAAAGGAAACACAGGUACUAUAUCUACAGAGCUAGAUGCAGCAACAGAACAGGUGACUGUGGAGCUGAGCAACAUCACCGAGGACCAGUCUAAUUCAGACUCGGAAGGGAACCAGUUCGCUGCGGAGGAGGAGAGAGGAAAUAAACGCACGGUCAUGACCUACUGCAACCUCGAUACGGCCGACGCCGCGAGCCCCGGGGGUGAGGGGCAGAAGAGGAAGGGGCUGAGCUUUGUCAUUCGGUCAGCUCUACAGAUGCUGACCAACCCCCCGUACAACUCCCUGUGUUUCCAGGUCCCCAAGUUUCCAUCCUCACCGCUGGUCAUCACCAACAGAAGAUACUUUGGUUGCCUGGAAGAAGACCUUGACCCAGUUACAGUGACCUUGACCCCAGAAGGCCAGUUGAACAUUUGCGCCCUGUUCCGACCGUUAGAGAAGUUUGCGGUGAGAACUGAAGGAUGUGAGUUCGAGGAGCCGACCUUUCAGUGGGUGUUAGACAGACUGCUGGGUCACGUUUUCUGUCCCGGGGUAACCCUGACUCACUACCCCAGCAAUUGGGAGGGCACCGUCAAGGAGUUUGAGGAACCGUUCCGACGCAUCCAGUCGGUGACCUGUCCGGUGUGGUAUGAGAUGGAGGGGUCAGAGGGGUCGGUGACCCCUGUGAUCUCUCUGUGUGAAGGUUGUCGCGAGGUCACGGACAGUCUGGCAGAAGCCAUAAAGCAGGAGAAUAUCGAGACGGAGAUUAUCGUGAUGGACGGCAGCGAUGAAGGCCAGGAAGUGUACGAGGGCGAGAUAUCUCAGGUCGAGAUCCGAAUGGAAGAGGUCACGGAUCGCUGCCUGUGGUGUAAUCUGAACUUCAAAACCAAGAUAGAGCUCCUCGGACACUUUAUAUCCCUCCACGAGGACAUGUUGAUUCCAGAGUCGGACUCCUCGGUCAAGGACGAGGACCCUCCAGGCACGGUCGACGAAGAGGACUUUGGGGUCAGCAAGGAAGGGGCAUCUACAGACACGGCAGGGGCCCUGGACCUGACAAAACCCAGGGUGACAGUGGAGAGGAAUCCAGACGUAAUGUACACUAAUGUAGUGGAUUUAUCCUUUAACAAGUUGGAGGAUGGAGAUGAGGCGUUGGAUUUGUCUAACUCUAAGAAGAACCUGGUGGUCAAUGAGAUCAAUGUCCCCCCGGCCGAUAACAGGCCUCAGUACAGCCUCAAUAGUUUAAUCGAGGCGCUCAGGAACACCAUUGAACAGGAUCGCAAAGACAAGAGGGGCCCUGUAGGGGGUAGCUAUGUGGAGGAGGUGGAGGAUGAGGAAGAAGGGGCCCAGGAAGGGGAGCCGGUGAUGAAGUUUGUGGACCUGAGCUCAGACUCUGAUGAAAGUGAGACCGAGGCCCCACAAAAGGAGGCCUCCUCUGAUGUGAAAAUUUCGGUCAAGACGUUUCAGGUGAAUGGGAAGAUGAUGUACCGGUGUACCAAGUGUAACCGCGUGUUUAGCAAGUCCUGUACGCUGUCACGUCAUGCUCUGGUACACACACAGCUUUUUCCAUACCUGUGUGGGAUUUGUGAUUCAGAGUUCCGGGACAUGAGGGUCUUACUAAAACAUCUGGACCUCCAUGGGGAAGACGUGGACUGUCCAUGUCCAAAAUGUGAAAAAAUCAACCAGGAAAAGACUGUGGCCAACCCUGCCAAAAAACCAAAAUCUGGGAAAGGUUCAAAGUUCAAAUGUGACAUCUGUGGUAAACAGUGUAACACGGAGGAGAGCUGGAAGAGCCAUGUGAACUCCCACACCUCAGGAACCGUCUCUGUCAGCUGCAACAUCUGUAAAAUGAAGUUUUCCUGCCACAGAGCUCUCAACAGGCACCGCAUGUCUUCGCACUCCCUACAGAACUGCCCGGUCUGUCUCGAGUCCUCCUCAGACCUGGCUGCUCAUAUGGUCAACCACCCGGGGGUGUUCAUAUACAAGUGUGGACUGUGCUCGGAUGGGUUCAAUCGCCGGCCUGAACUCCACGACCACCUCAAGGUUCACACCUCGCUGGGAAACACUAAACCUCAGAACCAGUUGAGGCGUAGGGUGAAACCCUUGUCCAAAAAGACCCUUGAGGCACGACUCCUGAAAAAGACAAAGUCGGAUGAGAGAAAAGCUGCUAAGAGGAGGGGGGCUGCUAAAGGGUCUGGGGUAGAGAAGCAACAGCAGCAGAAGGCCAAAAACAUCAUAGUGGAGACUCUCGAAGACAAAGGGGUAGUGACAAAAGCUGUCAUUAUUCCUGAGAAAGAGGAGAGCAAAGAGGCAGAGAGUGGGGAAAAAAAUACAACUGCAGCAUCCAAAGUAGAAGGUAGGGGAAACAUCCCUCAUUUUAUGAUGAUAGAUGCCUCAGUGAACUUUGAGGUUGAACCAAAAGAGGAGUGCAUUGAAAAAAACCAAAACAGUAACAUGAGCAGUAAUGGAAUGAUGGGAGAGGUCAAAGUCGAAAAAAUGGAAGUUGAGGACUCGGCCACUGAGGAGAUGCCAACCAAUAAAAAGGGAGAGAACCUCGUCACUUCACCCGUCAAAAGCGAGGUCCCCCUCCCAGUGGCUUCAACAGGCUCAAUGAGCCUCAGACGGCGGAGGUCUCGAAGGUGUCGCUGGCAUGACAACGACUCAGUGUGUGAACAAUGUGACGGAUCCUUCAUCAAGACCAUUGCUUUUGAGAGGAAGCAGAAGAAGGUCUCCCCCACCUCCUCCGGGGACCUCAGCCAGCUUGUAGGGUCAGGGGAGGACCUCGAUUCCCUGACCAGUGGCCCGGAGGCCAUGGCUCAGACUGCCAGCCCUGUGUCUACAGCUAACUAACCAAACACAGCUUACAGGUGUCACAAUUAUUUUCUGGCAGCCAUGUUAUUUAGUAGUCAUAAAUCUCAAUUCAAAACCAGUUGCUGUUCAACCUACUCAAUUGUUAUUGAUAACUGUCACUUCUAUGAUAUUUUUUUUGGGUGGUAAAUUCAUCUGUUCUUUUAUUGACAGUUGUUAAAAACAUCAAACCUGAGUUUUGGUCACCAAACUAGUGUCCUGUCUUUUCAUAGAAUACCUUGCUUUACUCUAAAAUUUAUGGUCUUGAGGGAUUUUUUUUGUAAAUUUCUCAGUCAGAAGUUAGUAGAAUUUGUUAAAUAAAAAUCUUCCAAAAUAGAGCUGGCCAUUUUAAAACUCUUCUUUCCAGCCUUUAUCAUACCUUUUUUUUUUUUUCAUGUCGUUAACUGUCAAGAGAACCAUACUAAAUCCCAUUAUUGAUUUAUUGUAUUUUUUAAUUUGGAAUUGCACCCGAAUACCAUUAGUCUAUACUAAAACAGUAACAAAAUGUUGCCUAUGUCAUGAUGUCAGUUUUUAGUCACAAAUCGUUAUGUCUCAGCUGUUUGGCAUUAGCUAGAGUGUCUGUGAUGGUGUUCAUUUUGUUUUGGCUUGAGUUAUUUCGUUAUAUUUCUUUUUUGAGGUAAUGAUAUAUACAGGGUUAUUUUCGCCCCAUGUGAUAUUUUUGCCCUUUAACACUUGCAUACAGUGUCGUCCCGUCUUGAGUUUGCUCAGACACAUUUAUGUUUAAAGAGAGAUAAUUCAAGACAUUGGAAUACGCUCAGUCUUAAAUUCGCCACCUGAUAACGAGGGCGAAAGGGGCGAAAAUAAAACGUGGACGAAUUUUUCCCUGUAUACAGUGUAACAAAGUUAAAUGACAAAUUGAAUCCGUAGAUGUGAUAUUGGUGUCAUGUUAUAGAAAAUGCAUUACUGAAUUUACAAGGUUGUUUUUACUCUUUUAUUUAUUUUCCGAUCAAUUCAACACUGAAAGUUAUUGAAAUAUUACAUUUAUUAUGAAAUUAACAUGGGCCGAUUUGACACGAUAUUUUUAAAGCUGACAAUGUAUCUGACAUAAUGAAAUCAUUUUACCAUUAUGAGUGUUAAUGGCAUUGGAUAAUUUUCAAAAUUGGGUGUGUUGUUUACAUAUAUAAUUACCUGGUGUUUUGGUGUGUAUUUAAAAAUAUUUCAUUAUUAAAAGGGGCAUAAACAGAUUUAUAUACGUGUACCAGAAUACCAAAAACUGCCAGUUUUUCCUCAUAGAAAAUGUUUUUUCCAAAUCUUGAUUUUAUUCUUGGUCUUUGUUUUUUUUUUCUCUUCAAGCUAUCUAAUAACACAGGAAGAGGCAUGAAUAUUAUAUGAACUAUCUAAUUAAUUAACGUGAUUAUAUGUGCCAUCAUUGGUAAAAUUAAUUUUCUCCACAAAAUUUUAAAGUCUACUUUUUAAAGUCUACUAUUUUAAAGUAAACUUUAAAACAUUAAAGUAACCUGCAAUCACUGUUUGAAGUGUAUAUUAAACUUUUUUUUGUUGCAAAAACAUUCAGAUAAAGUUCACAUAAUAAAACUAUCGGUAUAUUUUUUGGAAUUAAAUUCAAUGAUGUAGCUAUCUAAAAGGGCAAAUACUUGUACAUGUAUUAACCUUGCACUUGUCUUGGUGAAUAUUUUUCUUCACAUGAAGCUAAACCAUUAAAUCCCCCCCCCCCCCCCUCUCAAAGAAAAGUAACUCUUUACUAGUAAGGGUUUGGUAUUCUACAUCUUGUUAUGUACUGUUACAAAGACUGUGAUGUGACGUUAUAGAUCAUAGCCGCAAUUUUUUCUUCAGUACUCACCCUGUCCAUCUGUCUGUCUCUUGGUCCAUGAUAGCGAAUGUGCAUCAACCAAUGUCUCAAACAGCCCUUUCAUAUCUUAUGUAUGCAUUAUGUAAUAAUAAAAUAGAAAAAAAAUAUCACAGAAGUAAGUUAAACAUUAAUGAAAUUAUAUUGACUUUUUUGCUGCAGUUUUUUUUUCUGGGGGGGGGGGGGGGGGGCAAUUUUUUUUUAUUUUAAACCCCCUCUUAAAUGUAACUUGUAUCUUGUUUUCUGCUUUGAUUUUGUAACCAAAUUUUAAAUACCUGUAUCAAUGUACUGUUAACAUAAAACUGAAAAUAUUGAUGUUUGUAGGGAAAUGAAUUGAAUGAUAUAUAAUGGCCAGUGUUCAAAGCCCUUAAAGAUCAGGUUAACUUAAGGCUCUAUGUGUCAGAUUACUCAGGAUUCGGAUUAAACAGGUUUUUGGAUAAUGGUAGAAGAAUUUCACUGAAAUAACAAUGCACUCUGUUACGUGUAGAUAAAUAAAAUUGUAUUUGUUAUGUGUGGAUAAAUAACAGUGUAUUUGUUACAUGUGGAUAAGUUACAGUGUAUUUGUUACAUGUGGAUAAAUUACAGUGUAUUUGUUACAUACAUGUACAUUAAUAUUUGAAUACUUGAAUGUACAUGUGGAAAAAAAAAACAAUGUUAUUUUUUUACAUUUGGAUAAAUAACAGUAUAUUUGUUACAGAUGGAAAAAUAACAAUGUUAUUUUUUUCACAUUUGGAUAAAUAACAGUGUAUUUGUUACAUGUGGAAAAAAUAAUGUUAUUUUUUUUUUUACAUUUGGAUAAAUAACAGUUUAUUUGUUACAUGUGCAUGGAUAACAAUGAACCUGUUAUCAAAACAGGUAUAUAUGAAUGUACCUGCUUAGCUUAGCUGGAGUGGUAUUAAAUAUCUAUAUUAAUAUAAUUCAAAUAAUCAGUAGUUAUUUUUUUGGUCUUGUUUUCAGUUUGUUACGUGUGUAUGGCAGCCGUGUUUGGUUUAUGUGGCAUUAUGGGUGAGAUGAGAUGACACUGUGAAUUUAUUAUGUUCAAGAAUUUUUACAUUAUUAUUUAUGUACAAUGUUUUAAUCUGCAUUAGAUUAUAUUCUUUAACAUUAACAUACUUAUAUAUAUAAGAAAUGCAUUUUUUUAUUUUACCAUUUUCAAUUAAUUUUUGCGUGAAGUAUAUAUAUAAAAAAAGACAUGUAUUACAAGUGUAUAAUGUUUUUCUCCUUUUCAAAUAGCUAUGUAAACCUCAUAAUGGUUUUCAGUUCUAGUACUUUAAUUUUAAUAGUGUAUGUGUAUGCAAUUUAACUUGUUUUUUUUUUUUGCUGUGUGAACUAUACAAGUCAAGAGUAUGUUGUACAGUGUACGGGUAUCCCAAACUCCAAAUGUCUUGAAUUUUCAUUAAAAGAGGAAUGAAUGAAUAUUCUUCGUCAAAAGUUUAGCACCUUUUAUGCUUCUUCUCUCUCUCUCUUUUUCUCCACGAUGUUUUUUGGUGCAUGUUUAAUUUCUGUAUGACCCACUUAUUCAUGUGACCAAAAGGCACCUGACGUUAUAAUUUUUUUUAUCGAUAUUAAAUAAACCCCUUAUACUCUAUACCUAAUAUUACACGUGUAUUUUAGGUACAGGUAGAGGGCAUAGAUUUUUUAUCAUGAAAAAAAAAUAUAUAUGUCAGGUGCUUGUGACGUGACCCAAUUAUUCAUGUGACCUACUUCUGUCAUUUGAACUUUCGUGGUUGUGUUAACUAAAGAUAUACAUUUGCAAAUUUAUUACUGGGCAUUAUUGUACACACGUGUAGAUUAAAUUGUUAAUUAUAUAGUUA